AUCGUGUGCGCUUGUGCAGGUUUAUUCUAUUCCAGGGGCGAGUGUUAUUAUAAGGCCUAGAAUUUAAUGCACCUGCAUUGAGCGAAAAACUACUUAUUGUACUGAAUUAUAUAUUGUAACAAAUGCUCAUUUGACGCGUUACUGGCAAAUAACACAAUCCGGAUAAAAAUGGCUGAAUUACCGAUGGGGAAAGGGGUCUCCGCAGGAAAAAUAGCAAGCAAUGUACAGAAAAAAAUUACCAGGGCUCAGGAAAAGGUUCUUCAAAAGCUUGGCAAGGCAGACGAGACUAAAGAUCUGGCAUUCGAAGAGGGUGUGAUCAACUUCAACAAACAGCUGGUUGAGGGUACCAAACUGCAGAAAGACCUUCGGGCCUAUUUGUCUGCUGUGAAAGCCAUGCAUGAGUCUUCUAAACAUCUGUACGAGUGCCUGGAUGACAUGUAUGAGUCUGACUGGUAUGGCAGAAAGGAUGUGGACUCUCUCUUUGAGGAUUCAGACAUCCUUUGGACAGACUUCCAUCAGAAACUUGUGGAUCAUGCGCUUAUAUCCAUGGACACUUACCUGGGCCAGUUUCCUGACAUCAAAGUCCGUAUUGCAAAGCGUGACAGGAAGCUGGUGGACUAUGACAGUGCAAGACACAACUAUGCUGCGGUAAACAAAGGCAAGAAAAAGGAGGGGAUCAAGAUCACCAAGCCAGCUUCCCUGCUGGAGAGGGCCGCCCCAGGCUGGGCACAGGGGAUCCUGUCUGCCCAUAACGUGGCUCAAACCAACCUCACCAGGAGUCAGGCAGAGGAAGAGCUGGAGAGGGCGCAGAAAGUGUUUGAGGAGAUUAAUAUAGAUUUGCAGGAGGAACUGCCAUCUCUGUGGAACAGUCGUGUUGGCUUUUAUGUGAAUACAUUCCAGAGUAUGGCUGGUCUGGAGGAGAAGUUUCACAGAGAAAUGGGAAAAAUUAAUCAGAAUCUGAAUGAUACGCUGGAGAAAUUAGAAAAUCAAGAUAUGUCCAGAAAAACAGGUAGCCAAGGGGUGAGGACAUCAACAGCCCAGAAGAGUGACAGAACACAAGAUGCCAAUCACACGUUGAGCCCAGGAGGACCGCCAGCCAUUCCCAAAUCUCCGUCCAAGUUAAAGCCUGCGGUUCCUCCACCUCCUAAAGUUACUCCAUCAAAGGAUAUGAAGCAGGAGAACAUUAUCAAUCUGUUUGGUGAGGCUGCCACUCCAAACAUCAGUGUCACUUCGCCAACACAGUAUGAUGCUCCAGCCACUGCUAAUCUGCUGGAUAUGGAUCUGGACUCACUUCAGGCUGCCACCACACCAGCCGCACAGACUUGGGAUUCAUGGGAGCAAUCACAGAAUGAAGCUGAGGUGCCUCAGACAUGGGACGAUGAUGAUACCCAGCCUGUGCACUCUGGCUGGGGUGAUGAUGGUACCCAGGCUACCUGGGAUGAUGACGGUAGCCAACCUGUGCGUGCUCCGGCCGCAUUCCCCAGCUGGGAUGAUGAUGGCUCUCAGCCUGUGCAGGGGAAUGUCAAUGAUUCUACCCAGCAGGCCCAGGGGUGUGACGAUGAUGGGGCUCAGGCCACAGAAAAGGCAGCUGUUACAGAAGAGGCGGUAGCUGAAACUGAAACUGCACAGGAAUGCACUGAGAGCACAGAGAGUGUAGAGAUGCCAGAAUCCUUCCUGUUUAAAGUGAAAACAAUGCAUGACUACAAUGCUACUGACUCCGAUGAGUUAGAGUUGAAGGCAGGAGAUGUGGUGCUGGUAAUGAGCUAUGGAAACCCAGAAGAGCAGGAUGAAGGGUGGCUGAUGGGAGUCAGAGAGUCCGACUGGAUUCAGCAUAAAGAUCAAGGGAAAAAAGGAGUCUUUCCUGAAAACUUCACCCAGAGGAUGUGAGAGCCUGUGAUCCGCUUGAUCUGUUGUUAACCCUUCUAUAUAACUCUUUAUUGCUUCCCUUAAUAAAGCAGACAAGAAACACUGUACUAGACCAACACAUGCACAGCCACAGGCAAUCUGCUGGUUAUGUUUGUGAAAGUUGUUGACAGGUCAGUAUUUGCAUUGUUUUGGGUGUCCUCACUGUGACUCAUAUUUGUCAUGGUGCAAGUAUAAGAAGAUUGGAUCAACCUUUGACAAAAUAAAUGAUAUUCUGUUAACUAGUAACAUACCCAGAGUAAGUCCUUGCUGUAAAUGUUUUUAGACUAGCUACUCUUAACCAUGUCCCAUUUUGUGUGGAAAUGUUUUAAAGUCAUAUCCCAAAUGAGCUCACAAGUCUCUAUAGUCUUAAUAGUGAGCACUACUUGAGCUGCAUGAUCUAUAUAGUUAUGUCACAGUCGGAAGCAAACAGUAUUUCUUUUUAAAAAAGUGAAUAAUAUUCCUCUCUCAAUGCUGGAAUACACUACACGACUUAAAAGCUGAACAGAUUUUAAAACACUAGGCAUUAUACACUUGCAGACUUUGUGAAUGGUUACAGAGGAAAAACUGGGCAUCAAACACUGAAUGACUGAGAAUCACACACUGUCAGACUUUCAAGUUAUUCCAAAGACAACAAACUCAUUGUUUCUAGGAGACGCAUGACAAAUGAAAACAAUCCAUGUUCUAAAAUCGGCUCAAAAUAUCAAACGUUUAAUAUCCUCUAAAUGGAUGGAAUCACAGGCUGAAACUAAAACAACAGAGUAUGUGCCCAUUAUACUCUUAUUUGUUUUUCUGUAAAAUCUGUCAACUCCUACUACCCGAAAUCUGCAGACUGGCUCUGACUUUCAGCAACUAGUGCCGACUCCUCCAAAUCGGGGCAAGAAUCUGUACAACAGUUGUGUAGAGUAUUCCAGCCUUCAGUUACAUAAUCCUACAGUUUAACAGCUGAGCGCUCCUUCAUGCAAAUGGAGUUUGACUGCUCAAAGUCAAACAUCUACCAGCACCAUUUCUGCAUGUUUAAAUCAGGAACAAACGAAAAAGUUCAAAAUAAAACCGACUAAUAUCGUUAAAGGAGUAUUUUAUGCUUCUCAUUUACAAACAAAAAACAUAUGCACUCGUUCCAUAUGCAGUUAUUGUUGACACUAAUGAGGCUGACAUAUUUAACCCCAGACUCUUGCUCAGGUUAUAUUUAUAUGAACCUGUGUGCUGUCUUUCACCCUUAGCUUUACACAGUAUUACUGUCUACCAAUUUGUUUUCUUUCUUUUUGAUGAAGCCAUUUCAGAUUUUAAUAUGUAAUUAAUAUUGUAAUUCACUCUGUAAAUGGAGUCAUGUACACGUACUUGUCUCGGUCAUUAAGUAAAAUACAGUUUUACUCAGUGAAGGAGAAUUGCUGUCCUUCUUAAUUAACAUGAAAUGCAAUAAUCUCUGCAUAGAUUUUUAUUUCUUUAUGAACUGUAUUCAUAGACAUGUCGGAAAUAUUGGAUAUUGGCAUUUUGUGAUUUGAAAGUGGAUAUUAACGCUCGCUUGUGUGAGUUUUAAUCCAGUACAACAUUCAAAAGUGACUCAGAAUAUGCAUAAUACGAAUUCAGUCCUCUUACACUGUAAUUAUAGUUUUAUUUUUGUACAUUGUGAGACAAAUGAGAGUUAAAAUGAUUCUAUCUAUGUGCCAUGAACACUGGCUUUUAACUGCGGUCUGAUGUAUAGCUACUCUUGUCUUUUCAUGUUUGGAUCAAAAUGUACCAUCAUAGCAGCAAGAGCAAAGCAGGUUUAGUGAGGAUAUGAGCUUUUAUAAGGACUGAACUCACACUGAUAUUGAUUCUCCAGUCAUCUGUUGUGCUGAAUGAGAACUUCACUUGCUUUUUGUUUGGUUUGCUUGCUACCCCUGAUCUCUCGCUAACUAGACGUGUCAUGUGACCCAAGCUUGGAGGGAGUUCUUGCCACGCUUCACCAGUUUUGAAGCAAGUGUGUGUGUGUUUGCGUUCUUGGUUUUUGUAUCCUGUACUGAGAAAUCAAUGUGAUCUGUAUAGAGACUGAUCACUGAGUUAUUUAAGCUGCCAAUGCAUCUUUAAUGACCUCUCGCGCAAGCUCUUAAUUAAAUCGAAAGUCCUCGUGGGUGGACAAACGCUUCCUCUUCAUGUAUUUGAGCGCAGUUACGAUAUUUGCUAGUGUUGUUGUGUUGUUGCAUAUGUAGCCGUGAUCAUUGUGUAGUUUUGUUGAGUUUUGUCACUAACAAUACAAAUUCUCUUAAGCAUAUCUAUACCUGUAAUUAGUGUGAAUGUGAAAGGUGCAUGCUUAAAUCCAUGAGCAGUGUGUCUGUGUGUAGUGACUUGAUGUUUUCUUGCUGAGGUGGCCUGGGAAACCAGGGCCACUUUACACUACUAUAAGCCAUGAGUGUAGUCAUUCUACAGUCCUGUAUCCUGCUGACUCACCAAUGCUAAUAAAGUCCUGUCAUAUUUCA